AUGACACAAAAACAGUCCAAGAACAAAGUUGUAGAGAAACUGAAGAAAAAAGGUUCCGGAGGAAACAAGAAGCAAGAGAACGUUAGCAGUGGAAAUGAAGACCCACGUUUUGCUAUUAUGCAUAAAGAUCCAAAAUUUUUACCUGUCGAAGCAAAAACAGUAAUUAGUGAUCCUAGAUUAUAUGAAAUCUUGGACCCUUCUUUUACAAUGCUCAAGAAGAGCAGAGAUGCCUCUGGUAAACAAAAAGAACAAGCUGUAAAAAACACAUUAAAGGGUAUUUACAACUUUGAAAAGGAUCCGAUGGCAAUGAGAGUCGCAAAACUCAAACAAGCAAAAAAGGAAAUGGAAGAGGAAGAAGGAAAAGAUCACGAGUCAGACUAUGAUAGUGACGAUUCUAUUGAAGAUGCAAAGGAAAUGAUUGGAAAGAAAGAUAAAAAGCCACUUACAGCAACUGAUAUAUUUGAAGGGGAUGAAUCUGAGGAAGAAGAAGAAGAAGAAAUGGACUUUGAUAAAUUUUUGGAAUCUUUGGAAGGUAGACCAGAACUAGAAAAUGUAGAGUGGAAUGAGGAAUGGGAAGAUGCCUAUGACUUUGAUGAUGAAGAUGCAGCUGUUCUCAAGGCUGUAGGUCAAGAAGUUGAUAGUGAAAAUAUUCCUGAGGAACAACAAGAUUUAUGGGACAAAUAUGUAGACGAUCAAAAACAAAUUAAAAUGAUUGAAGAGGGCGAAGAAACUAGAAGAAUUGCUGUAAUGAACUGUGAUUGGAAUCUUGUUGAUAGUGAUGAUUUAUUUGUCCUCUUUUCUUCAAUGUGUCCACCUUCUGGAAAGAUAGUUGGUGUUACAGUUUAUUUAUCUGAUUUUGGUAAGCAACAAAGGGAGAGUGAAGCUGUUAGUGGACCUGGAAAUUUGUUUUAUGAUGAAAAUGAUUACAAAAAUCUUGAAAAUGUAAAGAAAAAGAUUGCAGAGUUAAAGGAAGAUAGUAGAAACUCCCGUCUUGUUUCAAGAAGAGAAAAAAAGAAUAAGGAUAAUAUUAAAGUUGAGACUGAAGUAGAACAAGCUGAAACCAAUGAUGAAAUGUUAGACCCUGUUAAAGUGAGAGAAUAUGAAUUCAAAAAGAUGAAAUAUUACUUUGCUGUUAUUGAAUGUGACAGCUCUCAAACAGCAACUUAUUUGUAUAACGAGUGUGAUGGGUUUGAAUUUGAAUCCACAUCUAUCUUGCUAGAUUUAAGAUUCAUUCCAGACAGUUUAGACUUCAGUGAAAGAGAAAUCAAAUCUCAAUGCACUUCAGUUCCAGCAGAUUACAAACCAAAACAAAAUAUGUACUCCAAACCACUCAAAUCAUCAUCUGUAGAUUUGACUUGGGAUACUAAUAAUCCAGAAAGAGAGGUAUUGAAGAAAGACUUUAAAGAUGUUAGCGAAGAAGCAUUAAUGUAA